AUGAGUAACGAUUCUUACCAAACCCCUUUAUCUUCCAGAUAUGCUUCCAAGGAGAUGUCUGAGAUCUUCUCAUUGAGAAACCGUUUUACUACUUGGAGAAAGUUGUGGUUGAACUUGGCCAUUGCUGAAAAGCAAGUCGGCUUGGACAUGAUCACAGACGAAGCCAUUGAACAAAUGAAGAAGCAUCUCGUUAUCACUGACGAAGAAAUUGAAGAAGCCAAGAAGGAAGAAGCUAUCGUCAGACACGACGUCAUGGCUCAUGUUCACGUCUUUGGUAACACAUGUCCCGCUGCAGCUGGUAUUAUUCACUUGGGUGCCACCUCUUGUUAUGUCACUGACAAUGCUGACUUGAUCUUUUUGAGAGAUGCCUACGAUGUCUUGAUUCCAAAGUUAGUCAACUUGAUUAACAGAUUGGCUAAGUUUGCUUUGGAAAACAAGGACUUGCCUGUUUUGGGCUGGACUCACUUCCAACCUGCUCAAUUGACCACUGUCGGUAAGAGAGCUACUUUGUGGAUCCAAGAAUUGUUGUGGGAUUUGAGAAAUAUGCAAAGAGCCAGAGAUGAUAUUGGUUUGAGAGGUGUUAAGGGUACCACUGGUACUCAAGCUUCCUUCUUGUCUUUGUUCCAUGGUGACCACGACAAGGUUGAAUUAUUGGACGAAACCGUUGUCAAUUUGUUGGGCUUUGACACUGUAUAUCCUUGCACUGGUCAAACUUACUCCAGAAAGAUCGAUAUCGACGUUCUUAGUCCAUUGGCAUCGUUCGGUGCCUCUUGUCACAAGUUGGCUACCGACAUUAGAUUGUUGGCCAAUUUGAAGGAAAUUGAAGAGCCCUUUGAAAAAUCUCAAAUUGGUUCAUCUGCUAUGGCCUAUAAGCGUAACCCAAUGAGAUGUGAACGUGUCUGUUCUUUGGCUAGACAUCUCGGUGGAUUGUUGAACGAUGCUAUCCAAACCGCUUCUGUCCAAUGGUUUGAAAGAACCUUGGAUGACUCAGCUAUCAGACGUAUUUCUCUUCCAUCAGCUUUCUUGACCGCUGACAUUCUUCUUUCCACUUUAAACAACAUCGCUAGUGGAUUGGUUGUUUAUCCAAAGGUCAUUGAACGUAGAAUUAAGUCUGAAUUGCCAUUCAUGGCCACUGAAAAUGUUAUCAUGGCCAUGGUUGAAAAGGGUGGUUCAAGACAAGAUUGUCACGAAGAAAUCAGAGUUUUGUCACACCAAGCUUCCGCUGUUGUUAAGCAAGAAGGUGGUGACAACGAUUUGAUUGAAAGAAUCAAGAACACAGAAUACUUUAAGCCAAUCUGGGAAGACUUGGACAAUUUAUUGGACCCUUCAACAUUUGUAGGAAGAGCUCCUCAACAAACUGAAAAGUUUGUCAACGUUACAGUUGCCAAAGCUUUGGAACAAUACAAGGACCAAAUCAAUGACGAAACUGUUGCCUUGAGUGUUUAA